GUCUGUCUCCUACGCAACAUGAAGGUGUACGUCGUCCUGUCAGCGCUUGCUCUGUGCGUCAUCGCCGAGCCACCAGUCGACCGGUCGUACCUGCCUCCCAGCUCUGAGUACGGACCUCCUUCGGCCUCCUCUCUCAGCUCUCAGUACGGGGCCCCAGCAGCCAACGGCCUCAGCACUCAAUAUGGUGCUCCUUCAGCCAAUGGCCUCAGCACGCAGUACGGAGCUCCUGCGCUGACAGGCGCUGCUUUCGGUCGCUCAGGCGCUUCCAGCCAGGGUCCAGCAGCUCGCGUCUCCACCAGCUUUGGACGUGCAUCCUCCAGUAGGUUUGGACCCGGCAGGAGGAUCGGCGGUGGUCUCUCCAAUAGCUACGGCGCUCCUUCGGCAGCUGGCCGUGCCACUGGCUUUGGAGGACUCGGCCUGUCCACACAGUACGGCGCCCCUUCUUACUCUGGUGACGCGCUCUCCACUCAGUACGGUGCGCCCUCUGGUAACGCUGGUGGCCUUUCUCCAGUCUACGGAGUGCCCGGAUACGGCUACGGUCGCGCUGGAGCCCAGGAAGAUUCACUUGCAGAGCCGGCCAACUACGAGUUCAGCUACUCGGUGCAGGACGGCGAGACGCUGAGCGACUUUGGACAGGAGGAGUCCAGGCAGGGGGAGAGCGCCCAGGGCCAGUACCGCGUGCUGCUGCCCGACGGCCGCAAGCAGAUCGUCUCCUACCAGGCGGACGAGGGCGGCUACAGGCCCACCGUGGAGUACCAGGACACCGGACUCACCGCCUACUCCGCUGGCGGAUACGGCUACGCCAGGGGGCGCUCCGGAGCUCGAGCUGGAAACGGUGGAUACCACUACUGACCAACUACUGAACUGUUCAGAAUGAUGAAACUAAACGAUGCUGCCAUCUAAUGUACAAUGCACGAAACUGAUACUAGAGACAUAUACAUAUACUAUUUAUAAAGGAUGGAUGUUAAAUUUCAAAUCAUAGAAUGGAUGUGUGAUGUGUGUCUUUCCAUUAGAGCUCAGUACGUUUCCUAUUUUGUGUAUGAAAAUGAAUAAAUUGUUCUACAAGUCA